AUGGUUGGCCUCUUUGUACUGGCAGCAUCCCACCAUUCCGCACUCCCGCUGGGCUUGGGCUUUGCAGAACUCGGAGCACUUCGUGGCGGUAUCCUCUUUGCAAUAUUGGACGCCGCUGUUGAUACAGAGGCCUAUAACGUUAAUUCCGUUAAGACUUCCGUAUUCGUAUAA